CGUACACCCAACGAGCAGCAACUCUCUGCUAUGACGAGCUGUGGGGAUGGACUGAAUGCCCCUAAAUACAAUGUUCCCUCGCUGGUGCCGAAGUUCAAAAGCUUCAAGGCCGUAGGGAAGGCGACCGAGAAGGCAGAGGUUCGCGAGCAGCCCUCAAGCAGAGAGAGGUCGCUUACAGGGAUAAAUGCUCGACCCGAGUCCAGGUUUGAUGAAAGUCAGGGUCGACGAAGAUCAAGGAGUCCUGCGCGGCAUCGAGAGAGGAGGCGGGAGCGGUCAAGGGAUCGGCAUUCAUACCGUUCAUCGCGGCGGCAUUCACCUUCACGCUCCCACAGACAUCGGAAUUCUUCGCGCACCAAUAACAGCCACGACCGUCAAGAGGACGAGAAGCUAUACAUCAUCGACAUUGCGGGAAGCAAGACGAAUCUCACGUACGGCCGCCUGCAUACAUACGACGUUCCCCUAUAUCGCCGCGCCGGAUUUGGGUCUAUUAUCGGGCUACCUCGACACAUGAAGAUUCUUGGCACCGCAGUUGUCAGGCCUGGGUGGAUCGAGGUUGGACCACCAUAUCAAGGUUCAUCACUGAGAAACCGAAGAUAUCUAUAUGCUAGAGAGGACGGUGGACGGACAUUCAGAAUGAGAAAGAUGACUCCUGAUGACAGCUCUGACGACGACAGUGAUGAUGGGUUCAUUCCGCUCCAUGGUGGGAUGAAGCGCCAAAGAAUCAACGGCGAGGCGAGUUUGGAGGAAGACGAAGAACCGAACUUCAGGUCCAUCGAGGGGGAGGCAAAACGUCGAAACAAACCUGCAGAUGAAGAUUUGGAAUAUGCCACGGAAAACUCUUCGCAGGGCAUGGAAGAAGACGACGAUGAUGAGUUCACCUUCAAACGAGACGAAGUUCAGCAGAAGACUCGAGACCUCACCACGGCGGUCAACGAACAUCCGGAAGACGAGAAAUUCUGGCUCGCUCUUGCUGCUCAUCAAGAUGUCAUUCUCAGCAAAGCGGUGUCGUCGACCCGUACCAGCAAGGUUGCCGCUGCGGAAGUCAAACUCAGUGUUCUACAGCGCGGACUUCAAGCUUGUCCGACAUCAAUAGUGAUACUACGGGAAUAUAUGCGCAUUGCAAACAACAUUUGGGAUGCACGGAAGGUGUUUGCGCAUUGGAAAAAGAUAUUGGAUCAAAACCAAGGUGCGGUACAGCUUUGGAAGGAAUAUCUUCAGUUCUGUGUCGGGAAUGGUGGUAAUAGGUAUAGGGACGUUCUGAGGGCAUUCACGGAGUGCUUGAGUGUCUUUCGUGAGAUGGUACGGGAUGGAAAAGAUGACGUCGAGAUGGACCUUGUUGAGAUAUUCGAGUGGGCUUGUUCGGUGAUGCGCCAGGCUGGCUAUGCAGAGCAGACUGUUGGUGCAUUUCAAGCCAUGAUGGAGCUGAACUAUUUCAGGCCGACACGCUGGGACAACAUACAGGCUGACAUGAACUUGGAUGAUGAAGACGACAUGCUUGGUGAUUUCGAGGAGUUCUGGGAUAGUGAAGUGCCUCGGUCUGCAGAGCAGGGUGCUAAAGGGUGGAGGAACUUCAAUGGCAGUACCGAAGAGUCUCAGUCUCUGCCAGAUGCUAGGCAGCCUUACGCUCCGGAAAUGCACAAUGUCGCGGAUGACUGGUUGCGACAUGAAACGGAGCGAGCUGCUCGGUGCGCUUUACCAGCACGCACUACUGAUGCCGAUGCAAUGGAAGAUCCUUAUCGCGUGGUGCUGUUCGACGAUAUUAGAGACUUGCUCUGCGUCCUAACUACAGAGAGUGCACGCGAGAAACUGCUUUUCGCAUGGCUUGCCUUCAAUGGGCUCGAGACGUUCGCCUCUUCAAGACUACAUUCGCGUCUCGAACCAAACUCAUUCUUUCCCGAACAAGAAUCGACGUCUGCUGCUGUUGCUUAUGUUCAUGGAGAACCCAUGGAACCGGAGAGAAUGGGUGGUAUCUCUGGAUUGACAGGGUUCGGUGUAGGGAGCUUGGGCGGCUUGAGCAUGAACCUGGACCUGCUAUUCCCAUCUAAAGCGUGGUUUCAGCCAUUAGAUGUCGCUAAUCUGACGAGUGACGAAGUGAAGAGUCUCCGAUGUGGUCUUGCCAUGAUCCCAGGUGGGAAAGCAUGCAUCGUCAGGUUGGCUUUGGAAGCAGCUGUGAACCCGCAAGGUGUUCGCAAGGUUGCCAAACAGAUGCUGAAAACAGAUCGAGCCAAUCUGACACUGUGGAAUGCGUAUGCGAGAGUUGAGGCAAUGCAGGGUAAUGUUGAUGAAGCGAGGAAAGUGUACGGUGCUGCACUGGGCAUGGCUACAGCCCUUCCUGAAGAUGGAAAGCAGAAAACCAUGGGCCUAUGGAGGAUGUGGGCCGAAUUCGAGUGGGAACAGGGCACUGAGGAGAACGCAAUGAACGUUCUCAUGGCGAUGCCCGAGGAAAGAACGGAUCCAGUCCCAAUCAAUUUACCUGCUGGCCGACCCUCGAUGACAGCGAUCCUGAAAGCGAAAAAUGGUUGGCUAUUUGCGAUCUGGGCGGAGAUGCACAUGGAGAAGGGACAAUAUAAUCCGCAUGCUGUACGGAAUCUUUUCGAGCGGGCUACGUCUACGGAGACGCAGAUAAAGCUCGCGGAGUCUGGGUGCGUGGUGUUGAUGCGUGCCCAUGGUCUAAGGAUGUGAUAAUGUUGGGAUGUGAACUGCCGGGAUUGAGAACGCAGGACCAGAUCAGUAAGGUCUAUAACAUUAUGCUGGAACGCGGGUUAAGGAUAAGAGUGGAGCUUCCCGAACAAGAGGAAGGACAUAAUAUGGGAAUGAAGGAACAGCUGCCGGAGGAC